AUGCGGUUCACCGAUGGCCUUCGCCCUGAACUCAAAGCUAUCAUUAUUGUUGCUCGUCCCCAAAGUUUGGAUGCUGCCAUCUCUAUGGCUUCGGUGCAGGAAGAGGUGGGCACUACGCCGACGUCUGGCACGCCGUACAAGGGUGAUUGGUCGUCGGGCAAGUUCACACCCAAGACGGCGUGGCUGCUGCCGCCUCCGCCUCCUCAAUGCAACGACAAGCCGGCGGCAGUUGUUGCUGGUCCGGAGAUGCCGGCUGCUCCUUCCCUCGUCGCCAAGUUAUCGGCUGUCAAGGCCUAUCGGCGUGCCAUGGGACUCUGCUAUAAAUGCGGAGAGAAAUGGAGUAAGGACCACAAGUGUAGUCCUCAGAUUCCGCUCCACCAUGUACAAGAAUUAUGGGACUUGUUGCCGGAUGAUGAUGAUCAAGAUCUAGCAACUUCUGAACCUACACCAACAGAGCCUCAAGCCUUUCUGGCGAUUUCUCAGAGUGCUCUGACAGGGUCCUCAGCUCCUCGCACUGUCCGGUUCGCUGGCUCGAUUCAGGGUAUCCCAAUGAACAUGUUGUUGGAUUCUGGAAGCUCUUCGUCCUUCAUCAGCGAAACACUUGCUGCUCAGCUUCAGAACGUGUCAAUCCAGUCAGAUCCUUGCUCGGACCUCAGAGUCUUACCAUUGACUGCAUUUGAUAUGAUCAUUGGAAUGGACUGGCUGGAGUCCUUCAACCCAAUGCUUGUGCACUGGAAAAACAAGUGGUUCUCUAUUCCGUAUCAGGGCUCUUCCAUAGUCCUCCACGGUGAUAUGGCUGAAUCCCCAGUUCAGUUGCUCUUGCAAGUGUGUUCUCUAGAUAUAUCUUCUACUCAGGCAGCUUCUGUACCAUUACUACCGGCAGUGCAAUCUCUACUGGAUGAGUUCAGUGAUGUCUUUCAACCACCAGAUUCCUUGCCGCCAUAA